UUUCAAGCAGUAGAACAUAGCAGUUUGACGCCGCACGACACCAGACGGACACCAAAAAGCCAACGAACCAAUCGGCUGAAAAUAAAAACAACGACAGCAAUUGGAAAACAGCCGGUAAACGGCGAAGUCUAUUCGCUGCUAAGCAUUUGCAAUUCAUUCAGUUUGUGAAUUGCCGCCAAACGGUCUGCAGCUGCCCGGAACCUAACUGGAAACAGGAACUCAGUACAAAAAAUAACUCCAAUUUUUUAAAUAUAAAUACUUCAUAAUAUAAUUCAAUAUUCGUGUCAAUUAAUUGGCGACGUCGAGCUCGUGUUAACUACCAACGAUUAGCAACGCUGAGAUUUAAUUUGUCACUUAAAAUUUGUGGCGUUUUUUUAACAAAAAAUAAAUAAAAACAAACGCGUUAACGUCUACGUAACGCAUGCUAAUAUUUCCGGCGGUUAAAGUCAGCGUGUACGCCUACAUUUUAGCGUCGAUAAUAUUUUUGGUUGUCUUCUCAAUUGGAUAUUUAACAUUUUCAUAUUACUGAUUUGUCGGUUGAUAUUCUUAGUAAUCGCUAAUCACUCUGUUAAGCGCGCAAUUAAAGCAACUAGUGCUAGCUAAAUAAUUGUUGUUGAUAAACGGUGUUGAUAAAGAUGACAGCUAAAAAUAUUCCAAGGCGCCAAGCAAUUCCCGUGCUUUACACCAGAGGCACACACUACGAUGUCGGUUUUGAUAUGAGUUUACAACGAAACAUUGGAGAGCGUUAAGAAUUCUUUUCCACAAUAUAUCAGAGAAUUGGAGGGCAUAGCUGAUGGUGCGCAAGUGGAGUUCCAUAAGCUGUUCCUGCUGCAUAUGGAUGAGAUCACUGCAAUUUGUGCGAACGGUAAUGGAGCAGUUGCACCAAUUGGCUGCUCAAGCAUAAUCGUGAAUAAUGAGAACUCGCGUGUACUCGCUCACACCGAAGAUGCCUUGGCGGCGACACUCAACCAUUAUUACUUUGUGGUGGCACAUAUCAUCAACGACACGCCACAGGGCAAACACAAGGUGAAGGAGGAGCGUUUCAUGUCGCUCUGCUACGCCGGCCACCUGCCCGGCUAUACGAUGAACUACAACCAUCAUGGACUGGUGUUCACCAUCAACACUUUGUCGGCGCUGCAUUUGAGAAGUGGCAAAACACCUCGCCAUUUCAUCACACGCGCGCUCUUGAGCGCCGAAAACUACGAACAAGCGCUCGCUGUGCUCAGGGAUGAGGGGGUCGGCGCUGGCGAUGGCUGUUCCAUCAAUUUGUCUUUCAUCAACGAAGUGCCUCACAAGUUCUACAACAUCGAAAUGGCACCAGUAUUAGAAGAUGGCACGGCAUCCCGUCUUGACAUUAAAGAGAUUUGCUGCGGCGGUCACAAUUGCCACGCCAACAGGUAUGAGCGUCUCUGCACCGAGGAGGCCAAUCCGUGGCUGUUGGCUUCGAGCAAAUCGCGCAUGAACACCUUCGGCGAAUAUCCGCCACCUAGUUGCAAGGGAGAUGUUGUGAAAAUGUUAGGUGAUUGCAGUGGCGGCGAGUAUUGCGUCUUCAAUGAAAACAAUACAUUGGAUGAGCUGGUCAAAACCAUUGCUGUGGGCGUUUUCGAUUUAAAUAAAAAAACAGUUGCCUUAUACUCAGACAAUCCGAGCAAGACUGAGCCGCAAUGCGUUCUUCCGCUUAUUCUCAAGGAGAAAUAAACUUUAAAUUACUCAUCUAAAUAGAAAUUGUUAGUGUUAAAAGUAUAGUAUAACUGAAAAUGAACCACUGUACUUACAGUUAGAUAAAAAUAAGUAUAUACAACUCAAUAUGUGAAACUUUGUGAAAACAAAAA